AUGUCUACCACCGAUAAUAGCGAUAUUAUAAGCCUUAACCUCCGUUUCCGUAAUAGUCAAAAUAGAAAUGUAAUUUUCGUGAUCGAGGUUUCCAAGAACGACCUUGUCUCUGUUAUUGCGGAUAGAGUUAGGGGCAUAUUAGCGCCUCAUCUUCCAGUCCGUCCUCAUAACUUUCAUCUUCAACAAAUUUAUCCAACCAGUAUACAAAGAAGACUAGACCAGCAAAAGUUUAGCUUCACGGACUUCAAGUUUAAGGGCAUACUAGGUGAAGGACGAAGUGGAAAAACGCUCUUGUGCGAAUUUCGUGGUGAUAUGAUCGCUUUGAAGAGUGUAGACUUAUCGAAGGCCCCAUCGUAUGUCCUGGAAGAAAUGCAAAAAGAAGUCGAGAUUUAUAAAGAUCUAGCUGAUAUUCAAGGCAAGUAUAUCCCAAAACUGGUCUGUUAUGGAUAUUAUGGAGGAG